GUGAAAUAUAGAGGGGUGGUUGAAAAACCUUGAUUCGCUAAAACCCCACCGCAAAUAAACUAUUCGACGCAAGUCUGGGAAGUGGGAACCAGAAGAACCAUUCAGUCAAAUCCAAACCCAUGAAUUUCAUGCCAAUUCUCUUCAUUAUUAAAGUAAUCUAGUCAAUAAAACCAAAAAAUUAAGACUUAAUUAUGCUUCCAUAUCCCCAUUACAGAUUACCCUUGUCAUCAAACGACCACUGCCUUACGCCUUAACGCCUCCCUCACGCCGCCUUAAGGAAAUCGGCUGCCGCCCCUUUCCCCCGUCCAAGAAGAACACUGCGAGGUCUGCUAACUGUUAUAGACUUCAAAUAUUCUUCUGUUUGGUUUAUCUUCAUGAAUUUUACAUGUUUGAGCAAAGGUGGUGGUAACCACUUUCCACCAUGUCAUAUUCUUGAUGUAUGUGGGUUCAGGGUCUUACUUGAGUGUCCAUUGGACCUUUCAGCUCUCACAAUCUUUGCUCCUUUUCUAAAUGAUCGUCACACCAUUGUACCUGAAGAAACUCCUGAUCAUGCAAUUCAUAAGUCCUUAGAUGUAGAAUCUGUAGCUCAAAAGAGGCAGAAAGUUGAGAAACCCCUUGAUUCUAGUGAUUUAAUAUAUGCAGAGCCAUGGUACAAAACUGUUAACAACUUGCACCUGUGGAAUGUUUCUUUUAUUGAUGUUGUGUUGAUUUCCAGCCCAAUGGGCAUGCUUGGAUUGCCGUUUCUUACUAGAAUGAAGGGAUUUUAUGCUAAGAUAUAUGUAACUGAAGCAACAGCUAAACUGGGGCAGCUUAUGAUGGAUGAUCUUGUUUCAAUGCAUAUGGAAUAUAAACAAUUCUAUGGCUCUGAGGGUUCAAGCGACCCUCAAUGGAUGAAGUGGGAAGAGAUUGAACUCCUUCCAUCGUUGCUGAGGAUGAUAGCUCUUGGUAAAGAUGGGGCAGAACUAGGAGGCUGGAUGCCCCUGUACAGUGCAGCUGAUGUGAAGGAUUGCUUGACAAAGGUUCAAACACUUAGAUAUGCUGAAGAAGCAUGCUACAAUGGGGCGUUGAUCAUAAAGGCAUUCAGCUCUGGUUCAGAAAUAGGUGCAUGUAAUUGGAUAAUGAAUGGUCCAAAAGGAAACAUCGCAUAUGUUUCUGGCUCCAUUUUUGCAUCUGAUCAUGCAAUGGGUUUUGAUUACAGUGCUCUUCAAGGGUGUGAUCUUAUAUUACAUUCAGACUUCUUAUCCGUGGACAUGACAGAAAUGGUUCAGUCUGCUUUCAGUGAUGAUAAUAACAAAUGGGAAGCUCUGACUGAAUCCUUGCAUAAUGGUGAUGAGAGUAUAGAGGAAAGGGAGAAACUAGAUUUUAUUUGCUCCUGUGCCAUUGAUUCUGUUAAAGCUGGUGGAUCAGUCCUUAUUCCUAUUAGUGGACUUGGAGUUAUUCUGCAGUUUUUGGAGCAGAUAUCUAUGUUCAUGGAAUCCUCAAGCCUGAAGGUUCCAAUAUAUAUCAUCUCUUCUGUAGCAGAAGAAUUGUUGACGUACACCAAUAUCAUACCGGAGUGGCUAUGUGCUAAACGGCAAGAGAAGCUUUUUUCUGGUGAGCCAUUGUUUGCUCAUGUCGAGCUCCUAAAAGCAAAUAAGAUACAAGUGUUUCCUGCAGUUCAUUCACCUAAACUACUAACAAAUUGGCAGGAACCGUGCAUUGUAUUUUCUCCUCACUGGAGUUUGCGGCUUGGGCCUGCCAUGCAUUUGCUCCGGCGAUGGUGUGGGGAUCAAAAUUCUUUACUUGUUUUGGAGGAUAAAAUGGAUGCCAAUAUAGCCCUCUUGCCUUUCAAGCCAAUGUUAAUGAAGGUUCUUCAAUGUUCAUUUAUCUCUGGAAUAAAGUUGCAGAAGGUUCAACUUAUGCUGAAGGCACUUCAGCCGAAAUUUGUUCUGUUUCCAGAGGAAUGGAGGAAUCAUUUCAAUGCUUCAAAUGUGAAUUCAUUCUCAGUUUCUCACUACUCUGUAAAUCAGACAUUAUGCAUACCAAGUUUAAAAGAAAGUGUAGAGCUUGAGAUUGAAGCCAACUUAAGUGCCCAGUUCCAGCGGAGAAUCUCAAAACACAAAAACCUGAACAUCUCGAGAUUAAAGGGAGAGCUCUUGAUAGCACACAACAAACAUCAGUUAUUCUCCGUAAAGGAAGAAGCAGGCUCCUCAAAGAAUAGGCCCUUACUACAUUGGAGUUCUCCAGAUCCGGAAAAUCUUUUGGCGGCAUUAUCCAAGAUGGGUAUCAAUGGAAAUCUGGAACAAAGCAUGUUAGAUGUUGAAUCAGGUAAGGCUUUUAUUUUACAUAUUCAAGAGCCAAAUAAAGCUACGAUUGAAGUCAGAGCAGCAGGUACUGUUAUAAGUGCUGCUGAUGAGAAUUUAGCCUCCCAACUUUUUGAAGCUUUAGGAAGCAUCCUGGAUGGUAUUUAAUUCGGCGUUUCUCAUAUGUUUUUCUAUGUAUUAUAUCUGUUUGAAAGAUACAAAAUAUAGAUACCUUACAAUCAGGUGUGUUCACUGAGCUGUUUAAGAAAUGCCAAUUGGCUGUCCUCAA